AUGCUGCGCUACCUGCUUAAAACACUACUGCAGAUGAACUUGUUCGCUGACUCCCUGGCGGGAGACAUCUCUAACUCCAGCGAGCUGCUCUUCGGCUUCAACUCUUCUCUGGCAGCGCUCAACCCUAGCCUGCUGCCUCCUGGAAACUCCUCUCUCAAUGGGUCAAGAGUUGGGCCUGAGGAUGCCAUGCCCCGCAUUGUGGAGCAGCCGCCAGAUCUGCUGGUUUCCAGGGGCGAGCCGGCCACGCUGCCCUGUCGCGCCGAAGGCCGGCCUCGACCCAACAUCGAGUGGUACAAGAACGGGGCGCGCGUGGCCACUGCGCGGGAAGAUCCGCGCGCUCACCGCCUGCUACUGCCUAGCGGAGCCCUCUUCUUCCCCCGCAUCGUGCAUGGGCGCCGCUCUCGGCCAGAUGAGGGUGUCUACACCUGUGUGGCUCGCAACUACCUGGGAACAGCUGCUAGUAGAAAUGCCUCUCUGGAAGUAGCUGUCCUCCGUGAUGAUUUCCGGCAAUCGCCUGGGAACGUGGUGGUGGCAGUGGGGGAGCCUGCAGUAAUGGAAUGUGUGCCUCCUAAGGGCCACCCAGAGCCUUUGGUGACCUGGAAGAAGGGCAAAGCAAAACUUAAGGAAGAGGAGGGAAGGAUCACUAUACGUGGAGGAAAGCUGAUGAUGUCACACACGUUCAAGAGUGAUGCUGGGAUGUAUAUGUGUGUGGCUUCCAACAUGGCUGGAGAACGAGAAAGUGGGGCCGCUGAACUUGUGGUACUGGAGCGUCCCUCAUUUCUGCGUAGACCAAUAAACCAGGUCGUCCUGGCUGAUGCCCCUGUGAAUUUCCUGUGUGAGGUGCAGGGAGACCCCCAGCCCAGUCUACGAUGGCGCAAGGAUGAUGGUGAACUGCCCACUGGCAGGUAUGAGAUCCGGAGUGACCACAGCCUUUGGAUCGGCCGAGUGAGCUCUGAAGACGAGGGGACUUACACCUGUGUGGCAGAGAACAGUGUGGGCCGUGUGGAGGCAUCUGGUUCCCUCAGUGUUCACGUGCCACCCCAGUUUGUGACUCAGCCUCAGGACCAGGCAGCAGCUCCUGGAGAAAAUGUGUCUUUCCAAUGUGAGACCAAAGGAAACCCCCCACCUGCCAUCUUCUGGCAGAAGGAAGGGAGCCAAGUCCUGCUUUUCCCUAGUCAGUCACUCCAGCCCAUGGGACGCCUCUCAGUCUCUCCAAGAGGCCAGCUCAACAUCACUGAAGUACAGAUCGGGGAUGCUGGCUACUAUGUGUGCCAGGCUGUCAGUGUGGCUGGUAGCAUCCUGGCCAAGGCCCUGUUAGAGAUAAAAGGAGCCUCCAUGGAUGGGUUGCCUCCCAUCAUCCUCCAGGGACCAGCCAACCAGACACUGGUACUUGGCUCUUCUGUGUGGCUGCCAUGCAGAGUGACCGGAAACCCUCAGCCCAGUGUCCAGUGGAAGAAGGAUGAGAGGUGGCUGCAGGGGAAUGACUCCCAGCUCACCUUAAUGGACAAUGGCACUCUAUACAUCGCCAGUGUACAGGAGAUGGACAUGGGUUUCUACAGCUGUGUGGCCAAGAGUUCCAUGGGGGAGGCCACAUGGAAUAGCUGGCUUAGGAAGCGAGAAGAUUGGGGAGCAUCACCAGGUCCUGCAACUGAACUCAGUAACCCUCCAGGGCCUCCCUCUCAGCCAGUAGUCACAGAGGUAACCAAGAACAGCAUUACCUUGACCUGGAAGCCCAAUCCACAGUCUGGGGCCACAGCUACCUCUUACGUGAUAGAGGCCUUCAGUCAAGCAGCUGGCAACACGUGGAGGACAGUGGCAGAUGGGGUGCAGCUGGAAACACACACCAUCAGUGGUCUGCAGCCCAACACCAUCUACCUGUUCCUAGUGCGAGCUGUUGGAGCCUGGGGCCUCAGUGAACCCAGCCCUGUCUCUGAGCCUGUUCAAACCCAGGACAGCAGCCUAUCUAGGCCAGUGGAGGACCCAUGGAGAGGCCAGCGAGGACUAGCUGAAGUGGCUGUCCGAAUGCAGGAGCCCAUAGUCCUUGGGCCUAGAACUCUGCAGGUGUCCUGGACUGUGGAUGGCCCAGUCCAGCUGGUGCAAGGUUUCCGUGUGUCUUGGAGAAUUGCAAGCCUUGACCAGGGAAGCUGGACAGUGCUGGACCUACAAAAUCCACACAAGCAAAGUACUGUGCUAAGAGGACUCCCCGCAGGGACCCAAGUCCAGAUCAAGGUGCAAGUCCAAGGCCAGGAGGGACUGGGGGCUGAAAGCCCUGUUGUGACCAGGAGCAUUCCUGAGGAGGCCCCCAGUGGCCCCCCUCAGGGAGUGGCUGUGGCCUUGGGGGGUAAUGGCAACAGCAGUAUCACGGUAUCCUGGGAGCCUCCACUUCCCUCCCAGCAAAAUGGGGUCAUCAUUGAAUACCAGAUCUGGUGCCUGGGUAAUGAAAGUCGCUUCCACCUCAAUCGAUCGGCAGCAGGCUGGGCACGCUCUGUGAUGUUCCCAGGACUGCUACCAGGCCUGCUCUAUCGAACCCUGGUGGCAGCAGCUACCAGCGCUGGCGUGGGUGUGACCAGUGCCCCAGUGCUGGUGCAGUUGCCCUCCUUUGCCUACACGCCUGCAGUGUCCUUUCCACACUCAGAGGGCCUUUCUGGAGCCAGUGCUAGGCCACCCAUGGGCCUUGGCCCUGCUGCCUACCCAUGGCUGGCAGACUCCUGGCCCCAUCCAUCUCGAAGUCCCUCAGCCCAGGAACCCCGGGGAAGCUGCUGCCCCAGCAAUCCUGACCCAGAUGAUAGAUACUACAAUGAAGCAGGAAUCUCACUGUAUUUGGCUCAGACUGCCCGGGGUGCCAAUGCCCCCGGUGAGGGUCCCGUCUACAGCACCAUUGACCCAGUAGGGGAAGAACUGCAGACCUUCCAUGGAGGGUUCCCUCAGCAUUCUUCUGGGGAUCCAAGCACCUGGAGCCAGUAUGCUCCUCCUGAGUGGAGUGAGGGGGACAGUGGAGCCAGAGGCGGCAAGGUGAAGCUUCUGGGCAAACCUGUACAGAUGCCCUCUUUGAGCUGGCCAGAAGCCUUGCCACCACCUCCACCUUCCUGUGAACUAAGCUGUCCUGAGGGGCCUGAGGAGGAGCUGAAGGGCAGUUCAGACCUGGAAGAGUGGUGCCCACCAGUGCCUGAGAAAAACCACUUGAUUGAGUCAAACUCCAGUGGCGCAUGCCUGGUGGCUCCAUCCCAAGGGGAAACUCCCUCCCCUACCUCUUCUUAUGGACAGCAGUCCACAGCCACUCUUACCCCUUCACCUCCUGAUCCUCCCCAGCCCUCUACUGAUAUCUCCCAUCUCCACCAGGUGCCCAGGAGGGCACCCCUUGGGCCAAGUUCUCCACUCAGUGUAUCCCAGCCCACUCUGAGUAACCAUGAUGGGAGACCUGCAGGCAUGGGUGCUGGCCCCACAGUCUCCUAUCACGUCAGCUGCAGUCCUGUGCCUAGUACACCCAGCAGUGCCCCAGGGAGAACCCGCCAGGUGACUGGAGAGAUGACACCUCCACUCCAUGGACACCGUGCCCGAAUCCGGAAGAAACCCAAGGCUCUUCCUUACAGAAGGGAGAACAGUCCUGGGGACUUGCCCCCACCACCCUUGCCACCACCAGAGGAAGAAACAAGCUGGCCCUUGGGGCUGACAGCAGCAGGCAGCUCCUCCUCCCUAGAGCGCGAGCGCAGUGGAGAGAGGAGAGUGGUGCAGGCAGUACCUUACCACGUUGGGCCCCACCCAGAUGAAGAGGCCUGGCUCCCAUACGGCAGACCAAGCUUCCUGAGCCAUGGCCAGGGCACCGGCACCUGUUCUACUGCUGGCAGCAAUUCUUCCAGGGGUUCCAACAGCUCUCGAGGUUCUCGGGGCUCUCGGGGCCCUGGACGCAGCCGAAGCCGAAGCCGGAGCCAGAGCCAGAGACCAGGACAGAAACGUCGAGAGGUGGGAACCACAGAAACUAAAGAAACAGAGCAGAGGGCUGGGAAAAUAGGCCAAAGGGAAACAGGCAAGGAGUGA